GUUGGGUUUUAAUGUGAAAGAAACCCAAUAAGGCUGAUGUUCCUUUUGCCUUUUUUCUUCAUCUAUCUACAUUUACAUUCAUACGAUUCUUGCACAGUCAUAAACGCACAUAUGAGAUACAUGAGACUCAUGCUUCAGCCCAACUCAGCUCCAUCCCACAGCGAGCGCUUUUGAACUUACUCCCUUCCAUUCGCUCGCUAUUUAAGCUUCGUUAUUUUGAACAAGUCACAUUACCUCUACUCUUCCACGUCUCGUCUUUCGUCAUCUCUAUGCGUCGUCCCCCUUCAUGAGAAACUAUUCCAUGCAAUCCCCACCACCUCCAUAACCCCCGAACCAAAAAAAAAAACUAAAAACCGAGUACAUUAAACCGCCGGCACGAUCAAGAGAAGCAAGAAGGGAAAAAAGAGCAGAUGGGCGAGCUCAACCCACGUGCCGGCCUCAGCGCGUCCGAGGUGCAGUACCACGAUGCGAGCUCGCUGGGCCACGAGCUGGGCGUCAUGUUUGGAGGGAUUAUUGCUAUGGUGUUGGGCGCGUACGGAUUCUACUUUUGGUGGAGGACAAGGUUGGCGGCGGAACGUAGGGAGGAGGAUGAGCGGAUUCGCGACUUAAAGGCCAGGGGUCUGCUGGAUGAGAGGAAACGAUGAGUGUUGUGGAGUCAUAUCAUCGCUUUCGGAGCGGGUAAGAAGAGCGUUGGUGUGGGUGUGUAUUGGAGCUCGUCUCCUGUGCACUGCAGCAUAGACAGUGGUCAUGGAAUAGGCUAUGAAGAGAUAGGACGGACUGUCCAUCGUCACUGUUAUUUUCCGGCAUCAAGUUGGGGUCAUCCGUCACG